GCCGUAAAGCAGCUCUGCCUGCGGAGCGCUGUCGUCGUCCUUGGGAGGGCAGUGGCGAUGAGCGGGAAUGGUGUGCACGGCGUGCAUGGGGCUCUGCAACUGCUGCGGUCGCUGCCUAAGGUCAGCCUGGCCAACCUGAGGCCCAAUCCGGGUUCAAAAAAGCCGGAGAGAAGACGUGGCCGUGGACGAUACAGAGGUAGAAAGUGUGGUCGAGGUCACAAAGGGGAAAGACAAAGAGGAAAUCGCCCCCGCUUAGGCUUUGAAGGUGGCCAAACUCCAUUUUAUUUGUCUAUACCAAAAUACGGGUUUAAUGAGGGACAUAGCUGCCGACGUCAGUAUCAUCCACUCAGUCUUCAGAAGCUGCAGUACCUGAUUGAUUUGGGUAGAGUUGACCCUACGCAACCAAUUGACUUAACACAGCUUACUAAUGCUAGAGGUGUAACAGUACAACCUCUCAAACGGGAUUAUGGUGUCCAGCUGGUGGAGGAGGGUGCUGAUAUCUUUGCAGCAAAAAUAAAUAUUGAAGUGCAGAGGGCGUCCGAAUUAGCAAUUGCAGCUAUAGAAAAAAAUGGCGGUGUUGUUACGACAUCGUUCUAUGAUCCAAGGAGUUUGGAGAUUUUAAUUAGGCCAGUCCCGUUUUUUCUGCGUGGCCAGCCUAUUCCAAAGCGAAUGCUUCCCCCUGAAGACCUAGUACGUUACUACACAGAUGCCAGUAAUCGUGGGUACCUGGCAGAUCCAUCUAAGGUUGCAGAAGCCAGACUUGAACUUGCCAAGAAGUACGGAUAUACCUUACCAGACAUAACUAAGGAUGAGCUCUUCAAAAUGUUAAGUACGCGCAAAGACCCUAGGCAGAUAUUUUUUGGUCUUGCUCCAGGAUGGAUCGUAAACAUGGCAGACAAGAAAAUUCUGAAGCCAACUGAUGAGAGGCUGCUAAAAUACUAUAGCUCGUGAAUUCAGGACUGGAGACAACUGCAGGUGUACAGGAAACAUCUGGAUAUGAAAUAAUGGAUACAAAGUGGUGUUUGUUUUUUUUAAGACUCCUGUUAUACCAGACAAAACAGAAGUUUUUGUUUAUGUAAUCUACUGGUGUCGCUUUUGCUGUUUUUGAUUGUCAUAAUACUGCGUAUGAAAAAUGUUAACAGUUGGAAGCAGUGUGGAGUCUGAAAUAAAGCAUGUAUUUGGGCA